AUGACCGUAAAUGACUCAUCUGGACUGGAAGUGGCCAAAAGACACAUAGAGACGUUCUCCCUGGUCAUCUACUGUCUGAUAACUGUAGCUGGGACUCUUGGCAACGGGCUGGUCAUCUACGUGACAGGCUUCAAGAUGAAGAGAACAGUCAACUCAGUAUGGUUUCUCAACUUGGCCAUUGCAGACUUCCUCUUCACCACCUUCCUGAUUUUCACUACAGUCUCUCUCCAUUGGGAUGAGUGGCCUUUUGGAAAUUUCAUGUGCAAACUCAGCUCCUUGGUGAAUGUAAUCAACAUGUUUGCCAGUGUCUUUUUGCUCAUGGCCAUAAGUGUGGAUCGCUGCUUGUCCAUUUGGGUGGUAGUGUGGGCACAAAACAAGCGCACUGUCUGUAAAGCUCAGAUCAUCUGUGCUGUAAUCUGGGUGACUGCUGGCAUCUGCAGCACCCCCUAUGCUACUUUUCGUACAGUGGAACAAUUUAGCAGCUAUGAAUAUGAUGAUUAUGUUUAUGACAGUAAUAUUAGUAUGAAAAGUUAUUGCAUCUAUCCUUCCACUAUGGCUUCUGAAAGUCACUUUAGUUUGAUAAUUUUCCGCUUUGUUAUGGGCUUUCUCAUUCCAUUCCUGGUUAUACUUGUCUCUUAUGUGGCCAUAGCCAUCCGUGCCAGGCAUCUGCAGAGGACAAGAAGGCGGAGGUCUCACUGGAUUAUUGUCGCUGUCAUUUUAACAUUCUUCAUCUGCUGGUUGCCCUUUCAUAUUUUAAGUUUUAUAGAAUCAAAUGCGAAACAAGAUCUUCAGGUCAUUGUGAUUGUUGGAGGUCCUCUGACUGUGAGUUUGGCUUACAUGAACAGCUGCCUGAACCCCAUCCUCUACGUUUUUAUGUGUGACGAGUUCCAGAAGAAGAUUAAGCAGUCCAUUUGUUUGGUCCUGGAGAGUGCCCUGGCAGAGGACCGCAUGUCAUUUGCAUCUUCUCGCUCGUUGUCAUCAUGGGUUCCUCGAAAGUCAUCUACUGUUGUAGCUUUUGAGGGAAAAGAUGCUAACACUUCCACAGAAAGUAAGGCAGUCUACACUGAGAGAACACAGAGCAUGGAAGAAAACAUGAACAAAUAA